CUUUAGGUAUUACUUUCAUGUUUCACUUUCCAGGUUCAAACUUCAAGUAAAAAGUAAACUAACUGCAGACGUCACUGUAGUUAAAUGAAUAUAGCCCUAAUAAGUUUAUAAUUCAAUUACAAAACAAAAAUACCAUAAAUAACUAACAGUGUUCUGGCUCCGUUCUUUUGAAUUGUAGUGAUAUAUACAGUUUCAAUUAUUUGCGGGCCAGUGUUAAAACCUACAAAGAUGCAACUGACGGUGGAUCCAAGACGUGCUGACCGCGAACGUCGUUACAAACCUCCACCAGCAUCUUCAGCUCCCGCUGAAGAUCUCACUACAGACUAUAUGAAUAUUCUCGGUAUGGUGUUUUCAAUGUGUGGUCUUAUGAUGCGCCUUAAAUGGUGUGCAUGGACUGCGGUGUUCUGUUCCAGCAUUAGCUUUGCCAACUCUAGAGUAUCAGAUGAUACAAAACAGAUUGUCAGCUCCUUUAUGCUUUCAAUAUCAGCCGUUGUCAUGUCAUAUCUACAAAAUCCUGCACCUAUGUCUCCACCGUGGGCUGCUCUAACAACAUAGUCACCAAUUAUACUUUAAAUUAAUAAAAAUAUAUUCAAAAUGUUAUCUAUUAA